AAACUUCGAGUGCGCCUCUCUUCGAUUCGACUCGAUUCACGCUGGCCCGUUAAGAAGAGGUGAAGCAAGAGCAAUAAAGUAGCGACCCGACCUCAUUCUAAAGUGGGCAAAACCCGAGUCAUAUAACGGAGCAUCAACAGACCCCAAUCCCCCUUUUCUCUCUCUUUUUGAGCGUGUUUGCUUGCCAAGAAAAAACACGUCAAGCGAGCUUCAGUUCAAAUAUAUGUCCGUCAUUCAAUAAACAUUAAUCAAACACGCAUUCUCUUUUCAGAAGAGUUGUUGCCUAAGAUCCAAACAUUAAUCAUUAGGGAGGGGCUUUCAACCUGAUUCCUACUUCAUUGAUUGCUGCUGGAUAAAAUAUGGAUGAAAGUGGACAACAUCAUAAUGGUAGAUAUAAGAUUGACUAUUACAAGGCAGCAAAUUCUCCAUGGAGCAUGGGGUCCCCACAUCCAAUAAAGGAACCCAGUAAUGCUUUAGUGAUGAAUAAGAAGAUCAUGGCCAUCCUUGCCGAGAGGGAUGCUGCCAUCCAAGAACGGAACAUGGCACUAGCUGAAAAAAAGGAAGCCUUGGUUGCACGAGAUGAAGCUCUCCAGCAGCGAGAAAAAGCUCUUGCUGAGCGGGAUAAAGCCUUAAUGGAGAGAGAUAAUGCUCUGGCAGCAAUUCAAUAUCGGGAAAAUGCUAUGAAUUUUCCCUUCGGAAAUGGGAAUCAACGUGGAUCGAAGCGUAUUCCUCACCCUGUAUACAAUUCAAAUGAAGUGGCAGAAGCUCUUGAUGGUGGGGAGAUGCACAUCACUGAUGCCUUCCCUAUAACAACUGUUGCAGCUGAAUCUGGCAAGCCACGCCAGACAAAGCGAUCGAAGGAGAAUAAGUCAGUUUCAAUGAAGGCAACUAAGUCAGCAAAGAAAGGAAAUAAAGUAGGCGAAGAUCUUAAUAGACAAGGCCCUUCAGACGGGAAGAAGUUUAAGGUUGAAUGGGAUGGUCAGGAUGGUUUGAACCUGGUCAAUUUUGAUGACUCGACCAUGCCAGUGCCUGUUUGCUCAUGUACUGGAGUUCCUCAUCAAUGCUACAAGUGGGGAAAUGGUGGGUGGCAGUCAUCCUGUUGCACCACCACCUUGUCAUCGUAUCCAUUACCCCAGAUGCCAAAUAAGCGCCAUGCUCGAGUCGGCGGUCGGAAGAUGAGUGGUAGUGUCUUCACAAAAUUGCUUAGUCGGUUGGCAUCAGAAGGCCAUGAUCUAUCACUCCCUCUGGACCUCAAGGACUACUGGGCCAGACAUGGGACAAAUCGCUACAUCACCAUAAAAUAGAUGUUUUACUCGUUUAGAGCUUCUCUGAUCUUGAAUUUGUCUAAUGUCUUUUGUGACAAGUAUUACUGAACUGCCUUGUAGCGAAAUCUGGAGCUUCUUCAUAGAUAUGUGGCUUCUUGUGCUCCUUGGUUUAUAUCAGGCUGUUGUAUGGGGCUUAAUACACAUGUCCCUUUGCAGGGCUCCUAGAGUCUAUGGAGAUUUACAUUGUAGAUGAGAAGCCUGCCUUCUAUGUGUAAUUUGCUGCUUUCCAGUUGCAAUUUUCAGUCAAGAGCAACUGCUGCUAUGUAGACUCGGAUAUGAAAGUUGUGCUUUAAUGGUUGCUCGCCCUUUUUAUAGAGGAAA